AUGACACCUCUUUUCUCGAUAUUUCUCUCUGUUCUACUUGCGCUGAGCCUCACAUUAUUUCCUGUCGCCGCUUCUUCCAGCAUCCAGGGCAAUGUCACUUGUGCAAGUAACUACACACAGUGGUACGAUGACCUCGUUGGAGAGAACCCUUGUGCGAAUCUUCACCAGAACUGCGUCGCCAAUACAAGACAGCCUGGAGAUACAUGCAAUGAUCAAGUUCUCCUUCAUGACACAUUCUUGAAAGCGGAUUGCUGCUGCAAUUCUAUAUCCUUUGCAUUAAGCAUGCUAUGCCUAAAUUGUCAACACGACACACUCGAUCUUCAGUCUGGCACUGAUGCUGCCAAAGGAACAUACCAGAUAUACCUACAGAACUCAACUUGCGACCCAAAUAAAAACCAGAGCUUACCAACGAAUAUCAAAUCGGCUACUUGUAGUCAGAGUAUUCGUAUGCAAAAUUUUCUAUAUGACUUAUUUUGGAACGGUGGUGAUUGGUACUACGAAUACACACGAGAGAGAGCCGGAACAGAGGCAAGUUCAGCGGGCAUGAACAAGUCAGCUCUUUACGUUUUACAAGGAUGUCCCGUGUCGACCAGUAUCGCAAGCACUGCACCAUCACCAUCAACCACUCCACCAAUUUCCGUAACAACACCGGCAGGCUCGAAUAAUACUUCUACAUCGCAUGUUGGUACUGGCGCCAUAGCUGGAGGCGCCGUUGGAGGUGUUCUUGGCCUUGGUAUACUGUGUGGAGCGGCGUUUUUCUGCCGUAGGAAGCGCAUAGAAGAAGAAAGAGAUAGGUAUGCAUACAUGGAAAGCAUAGCAGAUAAUAGAACACGGACCGGUCCUUCCAUAGCUGUCUCUAAUUCACAGGGAGCACAUUACGUUGUGCCUCGUUUAGAAGGCACCAGCAUAUCACCUGCAAGACUAACUUGCGGCAGCCCACCAACCACUCACGAAUCCACACAAGAACAAGAUCAUGAUCUGGCACUGCAGCAAGAUAUGCGAGGAGUGUCACAAUACAGCGCUCCUCCCGCGUACGACUUCGGCUAA